AUACUCAUUGUUUUGUGUUUUGCAAUUUACAAAUCACAAUUGAGAAGCAAGCGUUAGGCCGGGGGGAGACUGUAGAGGCGUAGAGGUAGAGGAGACCGAGUGAUCAACCGUCAACCUGACCUUAUUUUCCAAAUUCCAACGUAAAAAGAAAAGAUUUGAAUCAUCAGAUCAUCAGAAUUGAGAUUUGAGAAUUGAGAAUGUCGGGCGUAUCAUUGAGGUGUGGAGACUGCGGAACACUGCUGAAAUCAGUGGAGGAAGCUCAGGAACAUGCCGAACUCACUUCUCACUCCAACUUUGCUGAAUCCACUGAACCUGUUCUUAAUCUCGUCUGCUCUUCUUGCGGCAAACCAUGCCGUUCAAAAACCGAGAGUGAUUUGCAUACCAAAAGAACCGGCCACACCGAAUUUGCAGAUAAGACUUCUGAAGUUACUAAACCUAUCAAUUUAGAAUCACCCAACACUUCUAUUCCAUCUCCUAUGGAUGUUGAUGCUGCUGCCACCGCACAAUCCCAAGAUAUGGUGGUUCCCGAGGUGGAUCAAAAGGUGCUUGAGGAACUUGAAGGAAUGGGAUUCUCAAAAGCACGGGCUACCCGUGCACUUCAUUUUUCAGGUACUCCUGGUCUUGAGGGUGCUGUCAACUGGAUAGUUGAACAUGAGAAUGAUGCAGACAUAGAUCAGAUGCCUAUGGUUCCUGCAAGUAGCACAAAUGAGCCUCCUAAACCUUCCCUUACUGAAGAAGAAAAGAAGAUGAAGUUUCUGGAGCUAAGAGAGCGGGCUCGCAAGAAGAAAGAAGAGGAAGAGAGGAGGCUGGAAAGAGAGAAAGAAAAGGAGAGAAUUCGAAUUGGAAAGGACCUUCUUGAGGCAAAGCGUAUUGAAGAAGACAACGAGAGAAAGCGGUUGAUAGCUUUUCGGAAAGCGCAAAAAGAGGAAGAGAGAAGAGCUUUGGAAAGAAUUCGUCAGAAAGUGGAAGAAGACAAGGCUGAAAGAAGACGGAAACUUGGGUUGCCUGCAGAAGUUCCUGCUGCUGCUAAACCGUCUGAACCCAUUGUUGAGGAGAAGAAGAUGGGUUUGCCUGUUAAGCCUAUAACAAAGGUGGAACAAAUGAGAGAAUGCCUCCGAUCACUGAAGAAAAACCAUAAGGACGAGGAUGCCAGGGUAAAGAAAGCGUUCCAAACACUUUUUACUUAUGCAGGCAAUGUGGUGAAGAAUCCAGAUGAGGAGAAAUUCAGGAAAGUUAGACUUAGCAACCAGGCUUUUCAGGAUAGAGUUGGUGGAUUGAAAGGGGGAAUCGAAUUUCUUGAGCUGUGUGGAUUUGAGAAAACUGAAGAUGGUGAAUUCUUGUUUAUGCCUAGGGAAAAGGUAGAUAUAGCAGUGCUGAAUUCAGCUGGUAAAGAACUGCAAUCUGCCAUUGAGAAUCCUCACUUUGGUGUUCUCUGAAGCUUGAACUACCUUCUCAGCCACCCUCCUUUCUAUCUCUCUCCCUCCUUUAUUUUGAAAUGGCUUUGUAUACUAGUCUGAGUGGAAUAUCACAUAUAUAUGCAGUUGCAAUUAACUUGGAUUGGAAUGUCGUCUUUGCCUCUCUGUUUGUUGCAACUUAAUUUUAUUUGUAUUAAAAUUAAAUUUUCUCUGUUUCAA